AGGUCAAAGGGCUUUGUUGUUGCACCCUUGUCCUGUGGCUUUUGCAGAUAGUUCCGGGACGUCAGGUCGGUUGUUGUUGCUCUGCUGCUCCCAUGGCCCUGAGAGGCGUCUCCACGCGGCUGCUGAGCCCCUGUCCCGGCCUGCGAGUUCUGCGCUUGUGGGGCUCGGUGGCGGCUCAAACAGAGAAGGACGGGAAGACACAGAACCGAGCGGCCAAAUCCUCGCGUCCAGAGUUUGACUGGCGGGACCCGCUGGUUCUGGAGGAGCAGCUGACAGCAGAUGAGAUCCUCAUUAGGGACACCUUCCGCACCUACUGCCAGGAGCGCCUCAUGCCCCGGAUCCUGCUGGCCAAUCGCAAUGAAGUUUUUCAUCGGGAGGUCAUCUCGGAGAUGGGGGAGCUGGGCAUGCUGGGCCCCACCAUCAAAGGGUAUGGCUGUGCUGGGGCCUCAUCUGUGGCCUACGGGCUCCUGGCCAGAGAGCUGGAGCGGGUGGACAGCGGCUACAGGUCGGUGAUGAGCGUCCAGUCCUCACUCGUCAUGCACCCUAUCUACGCCUAUGGCAGUGAGAAGCAACGGCAGAAGUACUUGCCCCGGCUGGCCAAGGGGGAGCUCCUGGGCUGCUUUGGGCUCACAGAGCCCAACCAUGGGAGUGACCCUGGCAGCAUGGAGGCCAGAGCCCUCCACAACCCAUCCAGCAAGAGCUAUACCCUCAAUGGGACCAAGACCUGGAUCACCAACUCGCCUGUGGCUGACCUCUUCGUGGUGUGGGCUCGGUGUGAAGAUAACUGCAUUCGGGGCUUCCUUCUGGAGAAAGGGAUGCAGGGCCUCUCAGCCCCCAAGAUUGAGGGCAAGUUCUCCCUGCGGGCCUCGGCCACUGGCAUGAUCAUCAUGGAUGGUGUGGAGGUCCCAGAGGAGAAUGUGCUGCCCAAUGCAUCUGGUCUGGCGGGUGCCUUUGGCUGUCUAAACAAUGCCCGGUAUGGCAUUACAUGGGGUGUGCUUGGAGCUGCUGAGUUCUGUUUGCACACAGCCCGGCAGUACACCAUGGACAGGAUCCAGUUUGGCGUCCCACUGGCCAGGAACCAACUGAUCCAGAAGAAGCUGGCAGACAUGCUCACUGAGAUUACGCUGAGUCUUCACGCCUGCCUGCAGCUUGGCCGUUUGAAGGAUCGAAACAAGGACACUCCGGAAAUGGUCUCUCUGCUGAAGAGGAAUAACUGUGGGAAAGCCCUGGACAUUGCCCGCCAGGCCCGAGACAUGCUGGGGGGUAAUGGGAUUUCUGAUGAGUACCAUGUGAUCCGACACGCCAUGAACCUGGAGGCAGUGAACACCUAUGAAGGCAGCUGGAUGGGACAUUCCAGAAACAGCAAAAGGGAGGACUGUGGAGUAGGAAUCAUAAACGCAUGGGAAUGAUCCUGAAGACUGCAAAAUAGCAAAAAAGGCCUUCAGGUGGUUUUACACAGGGGACAGAGUCAGGUGUGUGUUUUAGGAAGUAAACGAAUUAUUUUACUCUAUAAAAGGGAGGUGAUAAUCUCUGCCCUCUGCCCCCGGAAGCUGAGGAAGAGCAAACAAGAACACAAGUUUGAGGGGCUUUGAGGACUGAGGGGUUACACAGACACGGGAGCUGUGAGGUGGGACACUCUGGGGCUUGCGGGCUUCAGGAGGUGGGAAAUUGGCUGUGACAUGCCACUGAUCUUCUGUGUUUGCUUUCCCAUUCCUCUUGUGGGUAAGAAAGGCCCUGAUGUGUUUCCACAUAGCUAAUCAGCUCUUUCAGCCUCUGUGGGAAGGAAACAAUGCUUGGAUGAAAAUGAAACGUUUAAUCAACUGUGCGGGGCUGGGGUGGGGCGAAUUUGCCAUGUGUGAGGAAUACCAAGGCUAGGCCCACGGCAGGGCUAGACUUAACUGCAUUUUUGGGUCUAGCAGAAGGAGCUCUGGGUUUUGCCAAUAUGCAUUACAGAACUGUGAAAAACCAGCUUCCUCAGUGUGGCCCGAACUGUGGCCUCUGAGCCUUCUCACAGUUGCUGUCAGUAGAAGGCGAAUUUCCUGGCAUUGUCAGCAUUCAUUGUCUUUGUGGGUCUGUUCUUCUUCCACAGUAGCAGCCUGGAAGAUUGACUUUAAAAGGAAGUUGUGAGUUGUUAAAACUCCAAACUAACUGUAUUUAUUGUGUCCAGGUACACAUGACAUUCACGCGCUGAUUCUGGGAAAAGCAAUCACGGGAAUUCAGGCAUUCAAGGCUGGCAAAUGAAUGCACUUCACCAGGGGCCUGGAGAUUUCUGAAGCCCCUUUCCAGAGAGACACCUGGGGGACGCUGUGCUCUGAGUACAGUCAGAAAGGUGGGGGAUAGCCCUGAACUUUUGAAAGGAACCAACUUUUAUGGUGGGAAGUAAGGGAUGCUGACCUUUAAAUAGCAAAACUUCCCUUUUUAUGUCAUUCAAAUUUACUGCUGAAAAAGAUGAUGGACUUCUCUGUAUAGAGGUUCUCAAUCCAUUUUUAACUGGAUGACAAUGGACUCCAUUUACCUUGGGAAAGAAGCUUCUCUUGACAGGGAGAAGUAGGGAGAAGGAAGGAAAGUGACAUUUGAAGCAACCUCUGUGAAACUGACCUAGCGUCUGACAAAGCAAACCCCCUCACACCAGAAGUUUGCUCUGUACCCUCCGACCCUCCCUCUUCUGAGGGGGUAGUGCCUUAUGCUGGAUGUGGAGCAGAACAAGAGUGAGAGAGAAUAAUAAAGCAUCUGCAAGUCCAACCCCACGACCUUUACUUGUAACCACCUGAGAAGUUUCAGACGAAACAGAAACCAGCAGGUCUGGGGGCUGUGGGUCCGGGUAUGGGUCACUGGGACAUGGUGAGGUUUUUUUCCCCUAGAGCAGUCAGGCCUAUGUGCAAGCCUCACAGCUCUUCUGUAAUAAAUAACCCUGGACUAGGCACUGCCUUGUCAGGGCUGGAGGCAGAGGGAUGGUCUCUGCCUGGCAGGUGCAAAGGACUCUGUCCUUUCAGUUACCACCACAACAGUUAGCUCCCUGGUGUGUCAGCAUGGACAUGCCAUAUUACAGGGGGCACAGGACCGCAAACGAGAGAGAGGGCAAAAGUACAGAUUGCAGGCCUUUGCACUUAUUGUUGCCCCUGUGGGUUUUAGGGUUGGCACCAGAGGCGACUUCUGGUUUCUGUUCACAUUUACUUUCAGCUUAGCGGCUACAACCCUUCUUCCUCAGGCAACCUCCACCCCCACCCCCCAGCCCCACCACGACCUUAAAUCC